AUGAGCAAUCCACCACCGAGCUCCGGAGCAUCAGGACCCACGCUGCGGGUUAAGACCCCUCGAUUCGCUCAUCACAAUGUGGCUUUCUCGCCAUUCUUUGAGGAUAAGAUAGCAACGGCAUCAGGCGCCAACUUUGGGCUCGUCGGGAAUGGCAGGUUGCAUAUCUUGCAAAUGGGUCCUGGGGGACUACAAGUGGUCAAGUGGUUCGAUACACAGGAUUGCGUGUAUGAUGUAGCAUGGAAUGAAUGUCAUGAGAAUCAGGUCAUCGCGGGGUGCGGGAAUGGAUCUCUCAAGCUAUUCGACACCACCUUGAAUGACUUUCCCAUCAAAGCGUGGCAUGAGCAUUCUGCUGAGAUCAUGUCGGUGGACUGGAGCAAUAUUCAGAAGGACACAUUUGCGAGCUCAUCGUGGGACCAUACGGUCAAAAUCUGGCGUCUCUCCCGAGUUACGUCGAUGGCUACCAUCCCGGCACAUCAAGGCCAAGCAUAUGCUGCUCAAUGGUCACCCCGUCAAUCGGAUACUAUCGCGACAUGUGGUCAAGAUGGCUUUCUUCAUGUGUUUGAUCUGCGAGCUCAGGAGAUGCGUCCAAUGAGCUCUGUCAAAGUCAGCGAGACGGAUCUGUUAUCUUGCGAUUGGAACAAGUACGACUCACUGCUAGCCACUGGCGGGAAAGACUCUACUAUCACCAUCUGGGACACGAGACAGAUGGCAAGACCGGUUGGACAACUUGGCGGACAUGCAUUGGCAGUGAGGAAAGUCGCCUGGUCACCCCACCAUAGGGAUGUCAUUGCGUCCACUUCGUAUGAUAUGACAUGUCGAACGUGGAACACUUCCACUCGUUCGGAGAGGCGGGUGCAUCACGAUCAUACAGAAUUCACCAUGGGUUGUGCUUGGGCUUUAUUUGAGCGUGACUUGAUAGCGGACUGCUCAUGGGACGAGGAAGUACAUGUCUACAGAGCGUAG